GUAUACCCUCUAUUUUCUGUUAAAUUUACAGUUAUCUUCCAAUGGGCAGUAAAAUAAAUCAGUCUCAUCGGCCGCUCUAGGGCAACGCCUGAUUCUUCAAAUUAUCAAAAUCCCUAGCCCUAAUUCAAUACUUCAGAGUUCUUCACUAGAGAAAGAGAUGUUAGAAAGCAAGGCAAACCCAACUAUCAACAAGUCAACUGGCCUGCCUAGGAAGCGUUUUUACCGAGCUCGAGCACAUAGCAACCCACUAAGUGACUCGCACUUCCCUGUGCCCUUCUCCCCUUGUCAGGUUGACUAUUCCCUUCAUUACCCUCAAAUCUUUCCCAUGUCUGAUCAAGUUAGUAGUUCCAAAAAAAUCCAAUUUGCUGAUGUAGGCUGUGGUUUUGGAGGGCUGCUUAUUAGUCUUUCAACUCUUUUUCCAGAAACCCUUAUGAUUGGAAUGGAACUUAGAGAUAAGGUGACAGAGUAUGUGAAGGAACGGGUUUUAGCACUAAGGGUAGCCAAUCCAGGUCAAUAUCAAAAUAUUUCAGUAGUUCGGACCAAUUCCAUGAAAUACAUACCAAAUUACUUUGGGAAAGGGCAGCUUUCAAAGAUGUUUUUCCUAUUCCCAGAUCCCCACUUUAAGGAGAAGAAUCAUCGCCGACGGGUUAUUAGUCCACAUUUGCUAGACGAGUAUGCUUAUGUUCUUGAGGUUGGCGGAAUUAUCUACACAAUUACAGAUGUGGAAGAGUUAGGUGACUGGAUGAAGGGUUGUUUAGAGGGUCACCCCAUGUUUGAAGCCCUCACAGAGGAGGAGCUUGGAGCAGAUCCUGUUGUAAAGCUCUUAAGUUCAGCAACUGAAGAAGGACAAAAGGUUGCUCGGAACGGGGGACAGACUUUUCAAGCAAUCUACCGACGCAUUGCUCCAUCUCUAUAAUACAUAGGAAACUUGGGCGCAGUCCACAGAUAUAUUGCCCAGUCUCUAUGAUACGUAGGAAGCUUAGGCCUGCUAAAGGCUUAGUUGUGUCGAUAGAUGGUUAAUCUCAUUGGUCCAUUUCUUAUUAUGUAAGUUUUUAUGAUUAUUACUUUUUCCUUUUACUGAAAAAUGUACUUGUUAUUUAUUUUCUAGAUCACAUCUUCACAAUUAUGUAAUAGACAUCCAUGAAGAAACAAUUUUGUCUGCUGUAUGAUAUUCCUUUUUCAUUGGUGCA